AUGAGAGAAGAAAGUGUGACUUACUCUGAGUUGCGACUUCAAACUUCCUCCCAGCGGCGGCGAAGAACACCUGAAGUAUCUGGAACCAAAGGGAUCAAGUGUUUUGAACCUAUGGGUACAUGGCUUUCUCAUUCUUUGUCUAUCUCUCUUUUUCUAGUUUUUCAGACCACUCCAUGGAGGUUGAUUUCUGGAAUCUUAGGAGGAAUAUGUCUUUUGCUGAUGGCUAUCUUGGCUAUUUUAUUGAAUAAUUGGCAAGUUUCUCUAGUAAAUUUGUCAUUGUUUCUUAUAGCAUUUUCUCCAGGACUCAUCAUAGAACUCCAGGAAGACUCCGACUGCUGUUCUUGUCCAGAAAAGUGGAUUGGGUAUCGAUGCAGCUGUUAUCUUAUUUUGAAUGAAGAAAAAACUUGGGCAGAAAGUAGAAAUUUCUGUGCUUCUCAGAAUUCCAGUCUGCUUCAGCUGAAAAGCAGAGAUGAAUUGGAUUUUUUGAACUACCAUCGACAGUUUUACUGGCUUGGGAUCUCUUAUAAUGAAACACAUGGCACCUGGUUGUGGGAGGACGGCUCUGCUCCCUCUCAGGAUCUAUUUUCAUUCUUUCAAACUUUAGACCCAAAGAAGUGCAUAGUGCAUAGUCCAAACAAAGAGAUAUUGGAUGAACCCUGUGGGGGGAAAAGGCCUUAUAUCUGUGAGCAACAGCUUAUGUAAGUGUUUCUUGGGAUGUGGUGGGGCCAGGGGGGCUGGGAGUUAUAAUGCAGGUCCAGGAUUAAUGAGAUUAGUAUCUUCAUCUCUUACAUUGGUAGAAAUUAUUUACUUCUGGGGUCUGUAAAAUGUUGACAUUUACUUCUUUUCAUACAUUUUACAUGUAUUUGAAGCCACGUGCUUUAAAAUUGUUAAAAUGUCUGUGCCUACACCUGAAAUUAUAAUGCAUCAAUG